AUGGAUGUACUUCCACCAAUGAACGAUCUGAUGGACCUGAAUUUCACCAGAUGCUCCAUUCCGGAAUUGCCUAAGUACCAGUUUAAAAAUGUUCCAAAAUUGAAUUGGCUCACACUGAUAGCAAGUUCGUUAGAAGUAUUGUCAAACGAAACCUUUGAGGGACUCUCUCUGCUAAAGUAUUUAAGUCUGCAGAAUAACUUGAUUAAGAUCCUUCCGGAAAGAGUUUUUACUCCGCUGUCGAAUCUUUAUUCGCUAAAUUUGAAUAAUAAUAACAUCUCAACUCUGUCAAACGAUAUUUUCCUUCGGAACUCGAAUUUGAAGGAAAUUGGACUCAGAGGAAACCCAUUGAAAAUUGUGAGUUUAGAGUUUCCUAUUUGGACCUACAAUACCAUCAUUUCUCUCGAUCUGAGUAAUUGUGAAGAAUUGAGGGACUUGAGAUUGUCUAUAAGAGUAACCGAUUUAUCGCUGGAGACCAGUGGAGUGGAGAGCUUACAGCUUACCGGAAGUAUUGAUAAAAUUGUUCAUAAAAACAGUAAAGUAACUCGUGCGGAUCUUAGUGGAACCAAUUUCACGCAAUCAUUCGUAAAAGUCCUUUGUGACUUGCCAUCCCUUGAGUGGCUGGAUCUAUCGAAUUCCUCAAAAAAUGCCGAUGACUCUUUCUUCGAAUUGUAUAGAUCCAUAUCUUACAAUUUCACCCCUCUGCGUUUCCUAAACCUGUCCCGAAAUCAAUUAAAUAAUCUACCGCGAAGGCUUUCCCUUUUUGGAGCCAAUCUAACAACCCUGGACCUUUCCCGUAAUUUACUGGAUGACACAUCCCUGGAAAACUUAUUCGAUCUGGAUACCCCUCAUAAGCAUGAGGGCAACUUUCCGAAUCUCAGGUUCCUUAACAUGGCCCGUAAUAAAUUGGAGAAAAUACCACAAAGGUUUCCCCUCUUUGGACCCAAUCUUACAAUCCUGAAUCUCUCUGAUAAUUUACUGGUGGAAGUAUCGCUAGAAUCCCUUGCCGAAGCCCAGAAUCUUCAAAGACUUUAUCUGGGUGGAAACCGGCUCAUCAGUUUUGAUUAUCUAUCUAUUUGCGAAACGCUUAAAAACUUGAAUCGGCUGACCCUCUAUGAAAACACUUUUAAUGCCACUUUUACCGGCAACAUGACAAAGUACUUUGGCGACAAAGGUUUUCUCUUAAUUACAAGAAAACCGAAAACCAGGAAUAGAACGAGAAUGGAACGGAAAAGUUCUGAAGAACUAGGUUUCUACAAGAAGAAAAACUAA